AUGGCCGCAACUUUGAUACCCAUCCGCGCCAUCGGAAUCCAAGCGUCCGCCACCUCCCCCCACCGCAGGCCCGAUCCCGAUCGCCGUAGAAGUUCCUCCUCCAACUGGUGGACCCCACUCUUCGGUUGGUCCUCCGAACCCGACUACAUUGACUCCAACAACAAAGCACCGAGUCAACAGCGGGACAACUCCAAACCCGAUCCGGCGACCACGGAGUCGAAGCCGUCGAGACCGCUCUUCGCCGGUGGCUUCACGGAGGAGAAGGCGAGGCAGCUCCGGAUGAUGACCGUCGGGACCGAGUCCUUUCACGAUACCAUGUAUCACUCCGCCAUCGCUUCUCGACUAGCCUCCGACUUCAAAUCCCUCUCCGAUCCGUAA